UGUGUUAUAUAUUUGGUUGACUGCAUAGUGUCGAUGAGUAACUGGCCAGCCGUACCGUCUUUAGCUGAAACCCGGUGGAUCCCAAUUUCAGAAUUAAAAGGAGAGAGAAGAGACAUCCGAUUUCUUCUUUUCCUUCUCCACUAUAGGCUCUUUGCUUUUCUUUUUGAUUGCCGAGCUUUUGCCAAAGAAAACAUGCUUCCUCUUUCUCUGCUUAAAACUGCUCAGGGCCAUCCUAUGUUGGUAGAGCUUAAAAACGGGGAGACGUACAAUGGGCAUUUGGUCAAUUGUGAUACUUGGAUGAACAUCCAUCUCCGUGAAGUAAUUUGUACUUCCAAGGAUGGAGAUAGGUUUUGGAGAAUGCCUGAAUGCUACAUCCGUGGUAACACAAUCAAGUAUCUUCGAGUUCCUGACGAGGUGAUUGAUAAAGUUCAGGAAGAAACCAAGAGUCGCUCUGAUCGCAAACCACCUGGAGUAGGGCGUGGCAGAGGAAGAGGUAGAGAGGAUGGUCCUGGUGGAAGGCAAACAAAAGGAAUUGGUCGUGGGAUAGAUGAUGGAGGUGCUAAGGGUCCUGGUGGAGGCAGAGGCAGGGCUGGACCAGUUGGAAAGACUGGUGGUGGCAGAGGUGGAGGCCGAGGCCGAGGUUGAUGUGCUUCUUUAAAACUGAGGGUGAGUUUGCCAUUUUAAAGGAAUUUUUUGGGCCAUUUUCCAUGUUGAACUGUUAGGGUGAUUAAUAUAUCUUAAUCUUUGGCCCGUGAAGUUGAAUGGUUGGUUUCUAGUAACAAAUGUAUGUAGGCUGUAUCACAGUACUCAAUUUAGGAUUUUGUAUGAUGGUUUGUUUUUUACUCGGUUGUUGUUCUUACCAUGCUGAGGUUCGAAAUUAUGAUAGUUGAAUGUCCAGUUUAUGAUUUUAGAUAAUGCUCCUCUUUUGCCUGCA